CCGCCCAAAGCACCAUUCCCCUUCUCUCUCUCUCUCUCUCUCUCUCUCUCUCCGGUUUGAGGUCUCUGACUCCUCCAUGCCUGACCUCGGCAAUCUCUUGAACUCAUCUUCUCUAUCAGUUUCCCUCUGCCCUAAUCUGAAACCAUCACCUCUCGAUCCAUGUGAUUCGAAUCCUUCUUUGUACGCUAAUUCCGUCAAAGCCCUAUGCAGGGACGACCUAUGGUGCCACAGUUGGGACCAGGGGAUGCGCUUCCCUGACGUGCUCAAAGGCGACGUCUGCACUGACAAUGGUUUAAGGGUUUUGAGGCGGAACCCAGGGGCUGUCGAUCGGUCGAAGAAGGCAUUGGCGACUAAGAGUUUGGAGGAUCACGUGACGGCUUGGGCUGAGAAGAAAAUUGAAUCUGGAAUCCCUGAGCUACGUUGUUUCCUCCCGUUCCUCGCCGGUGCUCCACGAUUGGUUGAAUGUCUUGUUUGCCAUAAUUUUAUCUACCCUGGGGAGGAAGUUUUAUGCUCUGUUCGUGGUUGUCAAGGUGUAUAUCACUUAAUGUGUGCGAAAAGAAGGCUUGCUUUCUCCAUUUCGAGAAAAUUCAAGUGUCCUCAACAUGCUUGCUUCAUAUGCAAACAGAGGUUACAUUGGCGGUGUGUACGGUGCACAAAAGCGUCACAUGAUAAGUGUGCACCAUGGCCAGAUAAAGUGAUCCAUUUGAGAAACCAGCCAGGACGAGCCGUUUGCUGGAGGCAUCCAGGUGAUUGGCGGCUGGAUAAUAAGCAUGCAGUUCCAGCGAAUAAUAUAGAGAAAGUAUUUUGUCGCCUGCCUCUACCAUAUGUUGAGGAAGAAUUCAGGAUUGAUGUAACAUGGAAAGAUGUAAUGGAGAAUAAAAUGGAGCCGCCUCCAUUUGUGCACAUAAGGCGCAAUGUGUACCUUGUCAAGAAGAAGCGUGACGAUGCUGAUGAUGGUAUUGGAUGCACAAACUGCACUUCUAUAUGCUCUGAGGAUUGUGUUUGCAGGGUUCAGAGUAUAAGUUGCUCAAAGGCUUGCCAUUGCUCAGAAAUGUGCACAAACAGGCCAUUUCGGAAGGAGAAAAAGAUUAAAAUUGUCAAGACUGAACUUUGUGGUUGGGGAGUGGAGGCAGCUGAGUUUAUUAAUAAGGGCGAUUUUAUAAUUGAGUAUAUUGGGGAAGUUAUUGAUGAUGCUUUGUGUGAACGAAGGCUUUGGGACAUGAAAGACAAGGGUGUGCAGAACUUUUACAUGUGUGAAAUCCGUAAAAACUUCACAAUUGAUGCAACUUUCAAGGGAAAUUCGUCUCGCUUUUUAAACCACAGUUGUGACCCCAACUGUAAACUGGAAAAGUGGCAAGUUGAUGGGGAAACAAGAGUGGGGGUGUUUGCUGCUCGAUCUAUAGAAGUUGGAGAACCAUUGACUUAUGAUUACAGAUUUGUGCAAUUCGGGCCUGAAGUAAAAUGUCAUUGUGGUGCUACAAAUUGUCAAGGCUAUCUGGGGACCAAAAGAAAAAUUGGUAAGGUGAUCCUUUCAUGGGGUUUAAAACGCAAGAGAACAUCGACAGAUUGCUUAGCUCUCAUCACAGUAUGAUUUGUAUUAGUGUCAUGUUUUCAGGUUGGUCAAUUAUGUUGUAUAUUGUCGGUGUAGGAAAGGCAAAUUGCCUCAACCAUUCAAACUACUACACUAAGAUGAAAAAUACCAUUUGAUUAAACUUGGAAAUACUUUCUAAUGGGUCCAGACUGCAUGGAUGCAAGUAUUUCCCGAUUAUACGUGAAGUUUUGGGAUUUCAACUGUAAUAAAUUAUUGUUAUUUGGAAUUUUAAAAUAUUUCUAAUAUUUAAUUUUGCCGAGGAUUCUAAUUUGGAAUUUGAAA